ACCUACCUCUCUAAGCCUCACUCUCUCUGGGUCAGAAUUAUAUAAAAGAGUCAACUCGAUCAUAUUCAAAUCAUCUUCAGCUCAAUCGUCCAACGAUCACAGUUAAUUUCAAAACUCAACUUUCUCUUGCUUCAACGCUCAACCCAACUCAAACCCUCAAACUCAAAAUGAUGUCAAAAGUUGUUAUCCUCUUCGCCCUCUUCGCCUGUGCUUUAGCCGGUGCCGUCUACAGCCCAGCUUACGCUACCUACAGCCCAUACGCCAGCUACGCUUACACUCCAAGCUACACUCCAGCCUACACCGCUUCCUACAACCCAGGUUACUACGGCAGCUACUACGGAUCCUAUGCUCCAGCCUGGAACUACGGAUCUUACUAUGGAACUCCAGCUUAUGGUUAUGGCUCCGGCUAUGGAUAUGCUUACUCUCCAUACACUUCUUACUCAACCAUCCUUAAGAAGUAAACUGUCCAACUGUUUCCUCAACCGGCCUCAAUCAAUGGGAUUUUCAUGUUAAUCCUUGCGAUUUCCCUUCUGAUCGAUCUCUUCUUUUGUUCCAACUUAUAAACUCACUACAUUCGCCACGCACAAAACGGUUUGUUCAUUUUUCUCGUCAGACAGUUUAGUUUUCUUUACACACAAAACAAAUCACUUGUUAGUUCAAAACGAAAACAAAAACAAAACAAAAAUGUUGACAUUAUUUGGCAGAACUAUUUUUAUUCUUCGUCUCGAAAACAACAUCUUCGAAUUGUAAUGUCGUUCUAACAGUUUGAUCAUUCACAAUAAAAAAUUGUUCACAAAAACAAAAA